GAGGAGACUAUUGCGGGGUCGAAGGAAUGGUCAACUUUAUAAACUAUAAAUAAUGGUUCAGUUUGAGUUGAACCCAAUGGAAGUAGAUCUUCUGUCUUUCAACGUAACAGUGGAUAUAUUCCAGUUUUUACCGCAUCAGAAUCAUCAUCAAAAUGACUCUAAAAUUGUCCGUUGUGCAAUCUGCCACCGACUUUGAUAAAAUUGCCCCCAUGGAUCACGAUGCUUGGAAGAUCCCCUACAACCCGCAACUCAAGCACUUCCGCCCCCAAUUCCCAACCCGAGAGCAAGCAAUCGCCUACGCUCGAGAGAACUCGAAGUGUCGAUUCGAGGAUCGAGAUCCAGAGAAGCAAUUUUGGCUCAAAGUUGAAGACGAGAAUGAAGAGGUAAUUGGGGCCGCUCAGUGGGCGGUAAACAUUCCAGCCGAGGGAGCGGAACGGACAGUGGCAAGCUGGUAUCCCGAGGGAAGCGAGGAGAGGGAGUUUGCAGAGAGAUUUAUCAAUGGCCUUUGGGGAUUUCUUGGAGAGAGAGUUACCAGGCCGCAUAUGGUUGUGCAUGUGGAACAUCGCUAUCGAGGGGCCGGUCGGAUGCUGAUCAAAUGGGGGACUGCAAAGGCAGACGAGCUAGGCAUCGAAACCGUCAUAAGCUCGCUACAUUCCGCUCGCGGAGCUUACGAAAAAAGCGGACUGGGCUACAUUGAGGAGAUCCCACCGAGCAGGGAUUUGGAAGUGGAAAAUCCUAGUGCAAAGUGGAAGGAGCUGCAGGCAGAUGACUUAAGUGGAUGUUUGAUGUGGCGGCCGGUUGGCAGAGAUUUUGUCGUGGGGGAGGAUAAGGCACCGUGGCAAGAGUAA